AUGAUCUUACUCCGAAAACCAAAUAACAAGUAUUACAUCAUCCUGGAAAAGAGGUGGAUGUCAAGCCAGGAACUAUGUAAUUUCACCCGAAUGUUGGCUCUAGAAGAUUUUAUUCUGUUGGCCAGUGGAACAGAGUCAGUAGAAAAUGAUACCUUCAAAACUCUGAGUACCUUGAAGACCUUGGAACUCUGGAAAAAUAAGUUAAGACGAGUCCCCAGUGCUCUCCCAGCCAGUCUUGAAGUGCUAAAACUAAAUGAUAAUUCAAUAUAUGUCCUACAGGGAUCUGAUUUUGAAGGACUAAAGAAAUUAAAAAUCCUUGAACUUAAAAACAAUCUGAUCUCUUCUCUCUCUUCCCGCACGCUCUCCUCCCUUGUCAGUUUGGAAAAUUUGAUGUUGGAUGGCAACAGUAUUGAGUCUGUAGCUGGACAGCUGGUACUUCCCCAUCUGAAACAUAUGAGCAUGGAGAAUAAUAAAAUACAUCUUAUACCAGCUAAUUUCUUUACAUCUCUUCAGUCUUUGCAAUUUCUCAGUUUCAGUGGUAACUUUCUGACUAAAAUGCCUGUAAAUAUGCCCAAAUCCUUGUUCUCUUUAAAAAUGGAGAGAAACCAACUCAAAGUAGUAAGGUUUCGAGAUAUGAAACACUUGGAGAAUCUUUCCCAUCUUUACCUGUCAGAAAACUCUCUCUCUUCCAUUGAUGGGGCACAGCUCCUUGCCAAUUUAACUACUCUUGAGCUGUCCCAAAACCAGCUUCAGAUGUUGCCCCUCAGACUACCAGCAAGGCUACAAAAACUUGAUAUUAGCAAUAAUCUGAUUCAGAGAGUUACAGCACAAGACUUCCAGGACCUCCAAGACUUGAAACAUUUGUUUCUGGACAACAACAUCGUCAGCCUGUUCGAAGCUGGAGCCCUACAGAGGUGUUCCCAGCUCUCCAACCUGGCACUGGAACAAAACCUGCUGUUGUCUAUACCUCUAAGGCUCCCAGGGACCUUAGCCAGGCUGGACCUAAAAGGCAAUGCCAUCCAGGAUAUUGCUGAGAAGGAGCUCAAGGAUCUAAAGCAGCUUCAGGUUCUGAACCUCAGGAACAACAAGAUCUCUGCUUUAGACCUCAGAGCCUUGGAGGGGCUGCAUCGCCUCAGGUAUCUGUACCUGGAUGGAAAUCCAUGGAAUUGCACCUGCAGUCUCCUAAGAGUAAGGGAGGUCCUGAAGGCCAAGGGCACAGAUGUGAGGGGAGGACAAUGUGCAGCACCGGCUGAACGACAAGGGGAGAGCUGGAUGUCCUCCAAGAAGAUUGUGAAGCAAUGUGAGCACCACUUACAUCUCACUGGGAAAAGCACAGAGACCAAAAAGAAACCAAAACCUGAGGAGCUCUCUAACAUCAGAGCCAAUGUGGACGAUGAUGAUUAUGAUUAUGAAAUAGAUUAAGUAUGUGCUUUGUAUGUAGAAAAGGUUUUUGUUGUUUUAAUAGACUUCAUUUUUAGAGCAGUUUUAGAUUCACAGCAAAAUUGAAAGGAAGAUACCAAAUACCAAGAUUUCCCAUUUCUCCCUUAUUCUCACACAUGAACAGCCUCCCCCAUUAGCCCAUCCUCCACCAGACUGGAGCAUUUACUACACUUGAUAAACCUGCACAGACACAUCAUAAUCACCCAAAGUCCAUGGUUCACUGUAGGGUUCACUCCUUGUUUUGUACAUUCUGUGGGUUUGGACAAAUAUAUAGUGACAUAUAUCCACUGUUACAGUUUCACACAAAGUAGUUUCACUGCCCUAAAAAUCCUCUGUGCUUCAGAAAAGUUUUUUAAUGCUAA